GGUAGAGACACAUUUAAAAGCGUAGCCAAGCGACAUAACAUAUAAAGCGGCGAAGAAGAAAAUACAGGAAGAAGACUCUUCCAUAUGAUGCUGUGCGGCUAUGGAGUAGCUGCUGUUUUUUCUUUGCCAUAAACAUAUUAGCUGUCAAAAGUAGUAAUUAAUACACACAGAUAUGCACCGCUGCAUUGCAAGGUUCGCUGAGCACCGCUGGCACUGCUCAGUCCGCUGCAUGAGCUCUGCAGUUGGGAAGAGGAGAGCUCUGCGCAGUGCCUUCCCAGUGCUGGACCUGCCCCUGCAUCCCAUCCAGAAACAUGUAUACGAAGCAAACCUCCGAAACAGCAACGCCUGCCUGAAGAAAUACGCAGAGUUUAGUGAGAAGGUAAGGAAAGGGGGAGGAGAGAACGCCACAGCUAGACACACUCAGAGAAACAAGAAGUUGCUUGUCAGGGAUCGACUGCGCCUCCUGUUGGACGAUGAGGACUUCUUGGAGCUUUCCCAGUUUGCUGGUUUGGGUCUGCCGUAUGGUGACAUCCCUUCAGCCGGCUGCCUGACUGGCAUUGGCAGGAUCAACGGCCUGUGGUGCAUGUUCAUUGCCAACGACGCCACGGUGAAAGGCGGCACGGCGUAUCCAAUCACGGUGAAGAAGCAGCUGCGAGCGCAGGACAUAGCGAUACAGAACCGCCUGCCUUGUGUCUACCUAGUUGACUCUGGAGGAGCCUUCCUACCGCUGCAGUCAGAGAUCUUUCCCGAUAAGAAUCAGGGAGGAAGGACGUUCUACAAUGAAGCCAUCAUGUCUGCCAUGAAGAUCCCCCAGGUUUCAAUCGUGUGCGGGUCAUGUACGGCCGGUGGAGCUUACAUCCCCACUAUGGCGGAGGAGACGGUGAUGGUGCACCGGAUAGGAACCAUAUUCUUGGGAGGACCUCCACUUGUUAAAGCCGCCACAGGAGAGGAGGUGACACCGGAGGACCUGGGAGGAGCCAGGCUUCACGCUGAGGUGAGUGGCUGUGUGGACCACUUUGCCUGGGAGGAGAAGGAGGCGUUUGAGUACACCAGAAACAUCAUAUCCACCCUCAACUUCCAACUUCCAGAGGAAGAGGAGGAGACGACGACGACGACGAAGAAGAAGAAAGCAGAGGAGGAGCCGCUGUACAGUUCAGAGGAGCUUUUGGGUCUCGCUCCGCAGAGUUACAACUACAGCCUAGAUGUUAAAAUGGUCGUGAGUCGACUGACAGACGGGAGCCGCUUCCAGGAGUUUAAAGCUCGCUAUGGAACCACACUCGUCACUGGGUUCGCAAAGAUCUGCGGCCACCUGGUGGGAAUAAUAGCCAACAACGGAGAUCUGUCGUAUGAGGCGGCGCUAAAAGGAAGCCACUUUGUCCAGCUGUGUGACCAGAGAGACAUCCCACUCCUCUUCCUCCAGAACACAGCACCUACACCAGCGCUAACGCUGUCCACAACGCAGGCAGAAACAAACACAAACCGCCUUAAGGCUCAGGGCUCAAUGAUGUCAGCAGUAGCUUGUGCCUCCGUCCCCAAAAUCACUGUGGUGAUUGGUGGUUGCCACGGUGCUGACAGCUAUGCUAUGUGUGGGAGGGCGUUUGACCCUAACUUCCUGUUCCUGUGGCCCAACGCCAGAGUAUCAUUGACGGCUCCGGGUCACGCCGGCUCGCUGCUUCCCCCUGAUGGUGAGCAGGAAGAAGAGCUGAAGAAGAAGCAGGAGGAGAAGCUGAACGGGAGGUUAAAGGAGGAGAGCUCAGCAUUCUUCUCCUCCGGCAGGAUGUGGGAUGACGGAGUCAUUCUGCCACAGGACACCAGGAAGGUUCUCAGAGAUGCCCUGGACAUCAUCAAACAGCAGCACUAUCAGCUGUCUACAGAGAAACUGCAGUCAGCACUUCUUCGUAUAUAGAGGCUUCUGCCUUCACUGUCUCUGGACACUACAAACAUCUGUCUGUCCCUUUCUUCUAACUGCAGCCUCAGGCCCCAUUUAUACCUGGUAUUAUUAACCAGUGGUCAGAUCGGAUCUCAGUUAGGGGCUCUGUAUGUAAAUAAACACGGACAUCAUUUGCUGUGAAAUAGUAAAAAAAUCUUCUGCAUCAAAGCUACCUCUGUUUCAGGACCAUGGACAGCGCUGUGGCCUGACAUGAUGAACAUGUUUUUAACAUGUUAAGUUAUGUUUUUAUUGAUCUCCAGCCUGACGUUGGGUCUUUUAGGUGCCACACAAAGCUCAGUCUAUGACUGGAACCCUGGAAGUGUCGAUACUCUGAGUAAAUCUCCUGUAAUAAAUAUAAAUGAAGCUGCAAGUCAUUGUCGAGAAAUAGCUCGAUUCCACACGACUACAUUGUUAUUCAAAUACAUGCAGAUUCUGAUUUAUAUGAGAAAAUGAUACAUAGCCUUCUGAUAUUCAGUAAUUGUAUUUAUUAAUCUGUUAUUGUUUAGAUAUAUCAGUUUAGUUGGUAAACAGCUACGAGACCUUCAUUACCAAUGAACAGACACUUUCAUUCAAAAUGGCUGCUGUGGAUUUUGUUUCAGAUCAUGUGGUUCAAGGUGUCAGAUCUUAAAUGUGUUCUUAAAGCAUCUUGUGUUCAGACCUGUACCUGGAGUUUCUUUUCACUUGGACUGAGAUUAUUUUUUAGGAAAUCAUGAAUACAAUUCCCUCCACCUACAAGAACUUCAGGUUAAAUAUUUGUAACAUUCAAGAACAUUUUUUCACUGUUUCCAGAAGGUUGAAGUGCCUCAUCAGGUUUUUGCUUUAUGGCCUCAGCUUUGAAGGUACACGUCAGGUUGACAGUCUGUGCUACAAUGAAUGAAUAUUUCAGACUUGAGUUGACGUUUGGGCUUCUACACAAAGCUCCUCUCUUAGCCUUUCCUACAUGUGUUCCAUCUUUACUGAUCCAAAACAAUCAAUUCAAUCACAGCUGUUGUGGACCAUGGAGCGUAGUUACAUUUCUGGGGAGGUGUAGGUCAGGCUACAACGCUGGGGUCUGCAUAUGCUCUGCUCUGACGCCAUAACUAAAGCGUCAAAUUGACACAGAAGCCUCAACAGCCUAUUAGCCUUAAACAUCAUUGAAGAAAGGUCUUGAAUUAAUUCAUUUUUUUCUUGAUUUUCCAGAUUGUUGUGUCAAAGACUUUUUUAAAUUUAGUGUCCUGAACGCAGCUAUAACCUGUAGCGUUAUUACAUUGAAAAAUUUGCAAUAACAGAUGUAAUUAUUGUAAUAUUGUUUGUUUAUUGUGUAUAAAACAGGAUAAAGAUGUUUUGAAAUUUCA